AUGCCUUUACUGGAUCCCAACGGGUUUCGAUGCCUUUACCCUCUGCUGAAGCCUUCCCCACCGCAGAACCACUUUCACUUGGUUCCAUCUUCCCUUCUUACCUUUUGCUCUUUGUUUUCCUUUGCAGAACACCAUGGACAUUAUUGGAGACGCUCUUCUUUCCACUGUCAUUGAAUUCCUGUUUGACAAGUUGGCUUCCUCUGAUCUGAUGAAGUUCGCACGGCAUGAGGAUGUCCACACCGAGCUCAAGAAAUGGGAGAAGGAGUUGCAGAGCAUCCGGGAAGAGCUCAACGACGCGGAGGAAAAGCAGAUCACACAGGAGGCUGUCAAAUCAUGGCUGUUCGAUCUGAGGGAUUUGGCGUAUGACAUGGAGGACAUCUUGGACGAGUUUGCUUACGAAGUGAUGAGAAGAAAGCUGAUGGGGGCGGAAGCUGACGAAGCCAGCACAAGCAAAAUACGCAGGUUCGUUUCUAGUUGCUGUACUAGUUUCAAUCCAACUCAUGUGGUGCGUAAUGUCAAGACGGGGUCCAAGAUUAGACAGAUCACCAGCAGGUUACAAGAUAUUUCAGCUAGAAAAGCUAGAUUUGGCCUGGAAAAAUUGAGAGGAGCAGCAGCUACUUCCGCUUGGCAAAGGCCACCACCCACUACACCUAUGGCAUACGAACCUGACGUUUAUGGCAGGGAUGAAGAUAAAACACUGGUUCUUGAUAUGCUGCGCAAGGUUGAGCCCAAUGAAAACAAUGUUGGCCUCAUUUCCAUUGUUGGCAUGGGCGGGCUGGGCAAGACAACGCUCGCACGGCUUGUUUACAAUGAUGAUUUGGCCAAAAAUUUUGAACUAAGAGCAUGGGUUUGUGUGACUGAGGAUUUUGAUGUGGAGAAAAUAACAAAAGCAAUUCUCAAUUCGGUGUUAAAUUCUGAUGCAAGUGGGUCUUUGGACUUCCAACAAGUUCAAAGGAAAUUGACAGACACGUUAGCAGGGAAAACUCUUUUUCUCAUUCUAGACGACGUGUGGAACGAAAAUUAUUGUAAUUGGGAUCGUUUGCGGGCUCCUUUUAGUGUAGUGGCAAAAGGAAGCAAAGUCAUAGUUACAACACGCAAUAAAAAUGUUGCAUUGAUGAUGGGAGCUGCCGAGAAUCUUCAUGAACUAAACCCCUUGUCAGAAGACGCUUGUUGGUCUGUGUUUGAGAAGCAUGCAUGUGAACAUAGAAAUAUGGAAGAUCAUCCAAACUUGGUGUCCAUUGGGAGGAAAAUUGUUGGCAAGUGUGGGGGAUUGCCCCUAGCAGCAAAAGCCCUUGGUGGUCUCUUACGCUCUAAACAUAGGGAAGAAGAAUGGGAAAGAGUAUUGAAUAGCAAAAUUUGGGAUUUUUCAAGCGCGGAAUGUGAGAUUCUUCCUGCGUUGCGGUUGAGCUAUCACUAUCUCCCUUCAUAUUUGAAGGGGUGUUUUGCAUACUGUGCAAUCUUCCCCAAGGACUAUGAGUACGACUCAAAAACUUUGGUCCUCCUGUGGAUGGCUGAAGGUUUAAUUCAGCAACCAAACGCUGACAGCCAGACAAUGGAAGAUCUAGGAGACAACUAUUUUUGUGAAUUAUUGUCAAGGUCAUUUUUUCAAUCAUCAGGUAAUGAUGAAUCCCGUUUUGUGAUGCAUGAUCUUAUCUGUGAUCUCGCUCGAGUUGCUUCUGGUGAAAUAAGCUUUUGUUUGGAAGAUAACUUGGAAAGUAAUCAUCGAUCCACAAUUUCUAAAGAGACUCGUCAUUCAUCAUUCAUUCGUGGAAAAUUCGACGUGUUCAAGAAAUUUGAAGCCUUUCAAGAGUUUGAACAUUUACGAACAUUUGUGGCUUUACCAAUUCAUGGUACGUUUACAAAAUCUUUUGUAACUAGUUUGGUGUGUGAUCGUUUGGUGCCAAAAUUUCGACAGUUAAGAGUCCUCUCUUUGAGUGAAUAUAUGAUAUUUGAGCUACCAGAUUCUAUUGGUGGAUUAAAACAUCUGCGUUAUUUGAAUUUGUCUUUCACCCAAAUCAAAUUAUUGCCAGAUUCAGUGACCAACCUCUAUAAUUUACAAACAUUGAUACUAUCCAAUUGUAAGCAUCUUACAAGGUUGCCUUCCAAGAUCGGAAAUUUAAUUAGCCUUAGACAUCUCAAUGUUGUUGGAUGUUCAUUGCAAGACAUGCCACAGCAAAUAGGCAAAUUAAAGAAAUUGCAAACAUUGUCUGAUUUUAUUGUGUCCAAAAGAGGAUUUUUGGGAAUAAAGGAGUUGAAGGAUUUGUCACAUCUGCGGGGGGAGAUAUGUAUUUCAAAAUUGGAAAAUGUUGUGGAUGUUCAAGAUGCUAGAGAUGCCAAUCUAAAAGCUAAGCUCAAUGUUGAAAGGUUGAGUAUGAUUUGGAGUAAAGAAUUGGAUGGUUCGCAUGAUGAAGAUGCUGAAAUGGAAGUCCUUCUCUCUCUACAACCUCAUACUAGUUUGAAGAAACUCAAUAUUGAAGGUUACGGUGGUCGGCAAUUCCCCAACUGGAUAUGUGAUCCCUCUUACAUUAAAUUGGUGGAGUUAAGUCUUAUUGGUUGUAUAAGAUGCAUAUCAGUACCUUCGGUUGGGCAACUACCCUUCCUCAAGAAGUUAGUCAUCAAAAGAAUGGAUGGAGUGAAAAGUGUGGGGCUGGAGUUUGAGGGCCAAGUUUCUCUUCAUGCUAAGCCUUUCCAAUGCUUAGAGUCUUUGUGGUUUGAGGAUAUGAUGGAAUGGGAAGAGUGGUGUUGGUCAAAAAAGUCAUUUUCUUGCCUCCAUCAGUUGGAGAUAAAAAAUUGUCCAAGAUUGAUUAAGAAAUUACCCACACACCUAACUUCUCUAGUCAAGCUUAGUAUUGAGAAUUGCCCAGAAAUGAUGGUUCCACUUCCAACAGACUUGCCUUCUCUUGAAGAGCUCAAUAUUUAUUAUUGCCCAGAAAUGACGCCACAAUUUGACAACCAUGAAUUUCCCCUUAUGCCACUGAGGGGAGCAAGUAGAAGUGCAAUUGGCAUCACCUCACAUAUUUAUUUGGAAGUUAGUGGAAUAUCACAGCUUUCCAGACUUCAGCCAGAGUUUAUGCAGUCCCUUCCGAGGCUUGAACUUCUAGAAAUUGACAAUUCUGGUCAGUUGCAAUGUUUGUGGCUGGAUGGGUUGGGAUUAGGAAACCUCUCUCGUCUUCAAAUAUUGAGUUGUGACCAACUUGUGUCCUUGGGAGAGGAGGAGGAGGAAGAGCAAGGGCUGCCUUACAAUCUUCAGCAUUUGGAAAUACGUAAGUGUGAUAAGUUGGAGAAGCUUCCACGUGGAUUACAAAGCUAUACAUCUCUUGCAGAGUUGAUCAUCGAGGAUUGCCCAAAACUGGUGUCAUUUCCAGAGAAGGGUUUCCCACUCAUGCUUAGAGGUCUUGCUAUUUCUAAUUGUGAAAGUCUAAGUAGUCUACCUGAUAGGAUGAUGAUGAGAAACAGCAGCAACAACGUGUGUCACCUUGAAUACUUGGAGAUAGAGGAGUGUCCAUCUCUUAUUUACUUUCCACAAGGGCGGUUACCCACCACCCUUAGGCGACUACUCAUAUCCAAUUGUGAAAAACUAGAGUCUCUUCCAGAAGAAAUCAAUGCGUGUGCCCUUGAACAGUUAAUUAUAGAGAGGUGUCCAUCUCUCAUUGGUUUUCCAAAAGGUAAGCUACCCCCCACUCUCAAGAAGCUUUGGAUAGGAGAGUGUGAAAAGCUAGAGUCCCUACCAGAAGGAAUAAUGCAUCACCAUUCCAACAAUACAACCAAUUGUGGUCUUCAAAUCUUGGAUAUCUUGGAAGGUUCAUCUCUUGCAUCCUUUCCUACUGGCAAGUUUCCCUCUACCUGUAAAUCUAUUAUGAUGGAUAAUUGUGCACAGUUGCAGCCAAUUUCAGAGGAGAUGUUUCACUGUAAUAAUAAUGCACUUGAAGAGUUGUCCAUCUUGAGACUUCCUAAUCUCAAAACCAUACCAGAUUGCCUCUACAACCUCAAAGAUCUCCGGAUUGAAAAAUGUGAGAAUCUGGAUUUGCAGCCUCAUCUAUUGCGAAACCUCACUUCUCUUGCAUCACUUCAGAUCACUAAUUGUGAGAAUAUCAAAGUGCCCUUAUCAGAGUGGGGCCUUGCCAGAUUGACCUCUCUUAGAACUCUUACCAUUGGUGGCAUAUUUCUGGAAGCCACCUCCUUUUCUAAUCACCACCACCACUUUUUUCUUCUUCCUACUACUCUAGUUGAGGUUUGCAUUUCAAGUUUCCAGAAUCUGGAAUCCUUGGCCUUCCUGUCUCUCCAAACGCUCACCUCUCUUAGAAAGCUAGGUGUCUUCCAAUGUCCUAAGCUCCAGUCGUUUAUACCAAAGGAAGGGCUGCCUGACAUGCUUUCAGAACUGUAUAUAAGAGACUGCCCACUCCUAAUUCAAAGGUGCUCAAAAGAGAAAGGGGAAGAUUGGCCCAAGAUUGCCCACAUCCCCUGUGUGAAAAUAGAUGGCAAAUUGAUCCUUGAGCAAUAAGAAGUUGAGAUUGCAGCAAAAUGAACGCAGAGACCACCACUAUAUUUGAAACUCAUCCAAUGGAAAAAAAUCUCCUUCACCAAUGACUGGUUUGUCAUCCAUGCUAUAAAGUCUCAUGCUUGAUGGUUAUGAAGGUUAAAAAGUCAGUAUCUCAUUGACAAAACAACAACAACAAGAACAGAUUUAAUCAAAAAGAAACUGGAGUCAAUGUUAGCAAAAAAAUUGCAGAUAAAACUUUCUUGAAAGCUUUUGUAGUUGUUUGAGUCAGAACUUUAUCUGGGGCCUCAUGACAUGCCUGUCGUUAGAUUGCAUAUCUACGCAACACGCAUAGGCUAUCAAUUCCCUUUCUAUUAGAAUCAAGGUGUGAAGGAGAAGAUAAUGCAAAUGGAAUCCAAUUCUCUAACCACAGGUCAGCCAGUUAACACUUGGAAGGGGGAGCUUGAAUUAAAUUAAGCCAACACCUUGCAAAAGAUGAAUUCUGGCUAAGAAACCUCACUACUCACAAGUUCUUUCUUAUCCAAGACUUCUACAGCAGUGAAGGUGCUGAUCAAGAAUACUAUGUUGACUUGUUUGAGCUGAAUGUAAUGGGAAUUGCUCCAGGGAAAGGGCGUGUAUGUGAUGUUGGAAUGCUUCUUCAAAGUUCAGGCAGGCCGACCCAGUUAUGUUUGGGGAGCUUGUCGCUAGUUAAAGACUUGACAAUGAAGAAGACCUUAGCCAUCUCCUACACAAACUGGUCGGGAGUUGGAGCCGUUCCCCUGAUGAGUCCAUGGCAGGACGAAACCAGUCAGCAUAGUGGGAUUGAAAUGCAUGGUGUGCAGGCUGAUCCCCUUUGAUUCUUGCCCAUGGGGUUGCCGCAUGGGCCAUGCCGCUGCGUUGGAACUCUAGGCUCGUGAUAUCUGUCUUGCUUGAGUUCAAGCGAAGCUUUCUGAUUGAUCAACAUGCUUCUGAUUAUCCUUCUGCUUAUCAAAAAGUUGCAGCUUGAAAAUGUGAAGGCGAAGGUAGUGAUUGCUGCUCAUGGAUUUGGUAGAGUGUGACAAUGACACUGGUCAUGUGAUUGGCCUUAACCUUGGCAGCAGCCGUCUCUGUGGUUCUAUCAACUCCAGCAGCACCUCUUCCACCUUGUGCAUCUUCAAGGGCUUGAUCUUUCUGAUAAUGAUUUCAGUUACUCUAAGAUCCCAUCUGGAGUUGUCCAGCUUUUUAGUCAAGAAAUCUAAACCACUCGUCUGGAGCUCUUAGUGCUGUCCAAACUGGUUGUCCUCGAUCUCUCACAAAAUCCAUUGAAGCGCCAGUAACCUGACCUGGCUUCACAUGCAGGGGUGAGAAGCAUUUCCUUCUUGUAAUACAAAAUGCUUUUGGGAGGUUGGUUGUAUCAUUCCUGGUGAAUGGUGAUUUCCCCUGUCAAAUUGAUAUAUGCUGGAAAUAUGAUAGGGUGAUGAAGGCCAAGGAACCACUGUGGUGUUGAUUUGGAGAUCAAUCAGUGAAAGGUUCAGAUGAUUUCUUUUCUAGUUUCUUCUGAUUUAGGUAGAUUAAGAGGUAUCCUUAUGGUUGCAAAUUCUUCUGACCUAAAGCUUAAGCGAUCCUUUGGUGAAACAAAACAUAAUCCAGGAACAUUCCCUCCUUCAGUCACUGUUGCUAGCUUUCAGGAUGCUGACAGCAUUUACAGUAGUAAUAAAUAAAUGGUACCCUGCUUUCCGUAGUGAUCAUGUUAGAGUAGGAUUUUUUUUAUUUGACCUCUACAGGUGGCUUUUGCUGAGAAGUAAAAGUCAUUACUCAGGGCAGGUUCCUUUUCCUGAACCUGAGCAUUUUUUACUGAAGAUGAUGAAUUGAGACUGGAAUCUACUUCCAUUUUUGACAACCCGGGAAGGUAACAUUUUUCAAGCAAUGGCAUAAACAAUCUGUGGUGUUGGUCCAUCUUUCCUAAAUUAAAUAUUUUGUGAUGGAAGUAGGUUACUACAACUUGUUCUUUGUUUCUGCCAACAAAACUGAUGUGCUGGAUUGGAGUUGAGGAUUUUUUUUUUAUUCCUUCAUAAUUGUUUGAGUGUGUUUGUGAUUCAUUCUUGAAUGAUUUUCUUCCCCUUUUACCUGAGUUUACCAAUAUGUUAGACUCUCCUAGGGAACAUGUUCAUACACUAGAUUGUGGACAAUAAUAAUAAAUAAAAAUAUUUAAAUGAAAGCAUGUCAGAUCUUAUAUCCCUAAAAUGAUCUUCUAUUUGCAACUAAAGUAGCCUCAUUUCGAACAUUGUGAGUAAAAUGGGCUUGUUUCAGUUUUUAGAACAAAGCUGAAGGAACCUUCAUAAUUUCAUUCCAUGGAGUCCUCAAUCAAACCCUAAGUUUUCUUAAAGAUGAGGUUUAUAGUAGGUGAGAGGAGGGGUAAUGAUUUCAGAAUGUUCUGCCUGUUUGGAGCCAUUUAUGUUUCCCUCGGUUUUCUUAAUCUAAUCAUUUGUGUCUUGUCAUAUAUAUUUUUAUUCAGUUCACAGUUGAAGUAAUGUAAAUCACUGAUUGCUAGCUUGCUUCACACAGAUACAUGCAAGUCACUGAAGCUAAAUGAAGGUCGUGUUUUGAUGUUUUCAUGUAAACUUGGAAGGAUCACGAUGUAAUACCUCAAAAUGUCAAGAAUUGUGUCUUGUAGAUCAUGCUUUUGGAAGCUAGUCACAACCCCAAAGCUGGAGUGCUUCAUCUAUAUAUGUCCCCUGUGAACUCCCAAUUCCCAAACAGGGCAUUGUAUAUUGUAUGCCUAUCCUAGAGUUCUAUCAGAUGGAUGGAAAGCCAAUCAUGAAGAAAUAUAAAAACAAGGCUGUCUUAUGUAUAUGGGUUGCAACCUGCUGUUCUGUGGGACAAGCGAUCCAAUAGUCAAGAGGAAGGUAGUUGCUGAGAAUGAAUAUGGAAGAGAGCAUUUAUAGAAAAUUUGAAGUUCAAAAACUUGAGGACCAGAUUACCUGUCGAACUUGAGAAAAGGGCAUAUCAAACCACACUCAAAACAAGUGAAAUAUUAUUUGUCUGAUGAUGUUGACUUGAGACAUGGGUGGAGUAUUGAGGAUCAUUCACUGAAUUCCUAAUGUAAAACACAAGCAAGUCUUGCCUAUAUCAUUCAUGGUUGCUGGAUUUGUUGUUCAUUGUAUUUAUCACAAAGCUACCUCUUAUUCUCAACAAAUCAUUUACCUUCAAUCGGAAA